GUAGGAAGCCAACUGAAACACUCUGCUCUUAGCGUAGGAAGCCAACUGAAACACACUGCUCUUAGCGUAGGAAGCCAACUGAAACACACUGCUCUUAGCGUAGGAAGCCAACUGAAACACUCUGCUCUUAGCGUAGGAAGCCAACUGAAACACUCUGCUCUUAGCGUAGGAAGCCAACUGAAACACACUGCUCUUAGCGUAGGAAGCCAACUGAAACACACUGCUCUUAGCGUAGGAAGCCAACUGAAACACACUGCUCUUAGCGUAGGAAGCCAACUGAAACACUCUGCUCUUAGCAUAGGAAGCAAAGUAAAACACUCUACUCUUAGUGUAGGAAGCCAACUGAAACACACUGCUCUUAGUGUAGGAAGCCAACUGAAACACUCUGCUCUUAGCGUAGGAAGCCAACUGAAACACUCUGCUCUUAGCAUAGGAAGCAAAGUAAAACACUCUGCUCUUAGCGUAGGAAGCCAACUGAAACACUCUGCUCUUAGUGUAGGAAGCCAACUGAAACAAUCUGCUCUUAGCAUAGGAAGCAAAGUAAAACACUACUCUUAGCGUAGGAAGCCAACUGAAACACUCUGCUCUUAGCGUAGGAAGCCAACUGAAACACUCUGCUCUUAGCGUAGGAAGCCAACUGAAACACACUGCUCUUAGCGUAGGAAGCCAACUGAAACACACUGCUCUUAGCGUAGGAAGCCAACUGAAACACACUGCUCUUAGCGUAGGAAGCCAACUGAAACACUCUGCUCUUAGCGUAGGAAGCCAACUGAAACACUCUGCUCUUAGCGUAGGAAGCCAACUGAAACACUCUGCUCUUAGCGUAGGAAGCCAACUGAAACACACUGCUCUUAGCGUAGGAAGCCAACUGAAACACUCUGCUCUUAGCAUAGGAAGCAAAGUAAAACACUGCUCUUAGCGUAGGAAGCCAACUGAAACACUCUACUCUUAGCGUAGGAAGCCAACUGAAACACUCUGCUCUUAGUGUAGGAAGCCAACUGAAACACACUGCUCUUAGCGUAGGAAGCCAACUGAAACACUCUGCUCUUAGUGUAGGAAGCCAACUGAAACAAUCUGCUCUUAGCAUAGGAAGCAAAGUAAAACACUGCUCUUAGCGUAGGAAGCCAACUGAAACACUCUGCUCUUAGUGUAGGAAGCCAACUGAAACAAUCUGCUCUUAGCAUAGGAAGCAAAGUUAAACACUGCUCUUAGCGUAGGAAGCCAACUGAAACACUCUGCUCUUAGUGUAGGAAGCCAACUGAAACAAUCUGCUCUUAGCAUAGGAAGCAAAGUAAAACACUGCUCUUAGCGUAGGAAGCCAACUGAAACACUCUGCUCUUAGCGUAGGAAUCCAACUGAAACAAUCUGCUCUUAGCAUAGGAAGCAAAGUAAAACACUGCUCUUAGCGUAGGAAGCCAACUGAAACACUCUGCUCUUAGCGUAGGAAGCCAACUGAAACACACUGCUCUUAGCGUAGGAAGCCAACUGAAACACACUGCUCUUAGCGUAGGAAGCCAACUGAAACACACUGCUCUUAGCGUAGGAAGCCAACUGAAACACACUGCUCUUAGCGUAGGAAGCCAACUGAAACACACUGCUCUUAGCGUAGGAAGCCAACUGAAACACACUGCUCUUAGCGUAGGAAGCCAACUGAAACACUCUGCUCUUAGCGUAGGAAGCCAACUGAAAUACACUGAUCUU